AUGGUCACUGCCGUCGCAUCACACUUUGACUUUGAACCACCACCAUGGGGAAGGUUCGAUUUGAGAUUUGGACGGCCGGUGAACAUUGAGCAAAGAGGCUUGGUGACUGAAAGCCCAGAAUGCUCAGAGGCAAUGUAUCGACUUCCCGCGAGCGGUCCAUCGGGUCUUUUAAAGACUGAAUACUCCGACACGACUCUGAGUACUCCGACGCAACGUAUCGACUUCCCGCGAGCUGCCGACUUACCCAACUUGUACAUCGAGUGUCUGAAUACUCCGGCGCAACGUAUCGACUUCCCGCGAGCGGUCCAUCUGCUAUUUUAUAGCUCCGACGCAAUGUAUCAAUUUCCCGCAAACCGCCAUCUACCCAACUUGUAUAUCAAAAUAUGCACCGCCGCAAGCUCAAUUUAUGGCCCACCCUACCUCCAAUCCCAAACCGACAUGCAAUCCUGCAUCCUGCACGCCAAAGGCAAAGACUACAGCACCGUCUCCUCCUCCUUCUUUGAGGCAUUCAAGAAUCUCAGCGCCGCGGGCAUGAAAGAUUCUUCCGCGGCUGGUGGCAAAGUUCAGGAUAAAGAAGAGAAGGCUAGGGCGAAGGAGGUUGGAGGGGACACGAAGAAUGAGCAGGGAUAA